CCACUUUACUCUUUGACCCAAAAUCAUUUUCAUCUUCACAAAAAACUCAUCUUAACCGAUGUGGUUGAUUCCAUAAUCAAUAGUUCCAACAAUAUUUAUAUUUAUAACUUAGAAAUACUCAAAAGGGUGAUGCUGUUUCUUGUUUUUGAGAUUUGUCAAGUGUUUUUCACAGAUUAACUUAAAUGCCUCACAACCAAGGGGGAGGACCUGCUCCUACACUAAUCAAAGCUGAGAUGCCAUGCACAGCUGCUCGAAGAAGCAAUCUUUCUCACAAAGAUCGUGUCUUGUUGAAGACCGUGGAGGGUAUACUCAACCAGCCAACUAUGAAGAAAUUUGAUCUCCUCAAAGGUCAACUGCUAGAUUCAGGGAUAAAUAGUGCAGACUCCCUAGAGGGUGUUGUCUCCUUGAUAUUUGACAAGGCUAUACUGGAACCAACAUUUUGCCCGAUGUAUGCCCAGCUGUGUUCUGAUCUCAAUGAAAAGCUGCCUCCAUUUCCUUGUGAUAAACCUGGUGGCAAUGAGAUCACGUUCAAGCGUGUUCUAUUGAAUAACUGUCAGCAGGUGUUUGAAGGUGCUGACAAAUUUCGAGAAGAGGCGAGGCAAAUGACAGCCCCUGAGCCGGAGUCGGAACGUAAGGACAAAGAAAGGCUGAUCAAAAUUCGCACGCUUGGCAAUAUUAAGCUUAUUGGAGAGCUUUGGAAGCAAAAGAUGGUCACUGAAGCGAUUGUUCAUCGCAUCGUUCAGGAACAAUUAGGACAAGAUCCUAAAAGUUGUCCGGAAGAAAAGAAUGUUGAAGCCAUUUGUCAGUUUUUCAACACCAUCGGCAAGCAGCUUGAUGAGAACCAAAAUUCAAGGCGCAUCAACGAUGUGUACUUUAACCGGUUGAAAGAACUAUCAAAAAACCCUCAGUUGUAUCCACGGCUAAGGUUUAUGGUUCGUGACGUGCUUGAUUUACGUUCCAAUCACUGGGUCCCUAAGGGGGAAGAGCAUUCCUGAUGCGGAUAUUGGGAAUGGGAUGACCAAGCUUUACCGGAGAAAGCUUACAUACGAAAUUUAGAGGAGUUGUUGAAAUACGUCAAGAUUGAACGGGACAAUUUGAAGAUUGAAAAGGAAAAUUUGAAGAUUGAAAUGAUCAAUUUGAAGAGUGAACGUGACAAUUUGAAGAAUGAAAGGGAUUAUUUGUCGGAAGUGGUUGCUACCUUGGAGGCAACGAACAAAGCUAGGACAUUUGAGGAGAAGUAUUCUAUGGUGAAAUUCAAUCUUAUGAUUUCAUGGGUUCUUUUUGUUGGGAUUUUGGUCGGAUUGAUGAUAAAGUGAAUUCGAGAUGUAGUGUUAGUUGUUAGUUUUUGAUGAUGCUAAUAUGUAUGUGUAGUAGUUUAAGAACCGAUGGUUUUUUUCUCUUGGAGGUGUGGUGAAUGUAGUAAUUUGGAAGUAAUGUUUGUAAGGUCCUUGUUUGUAAUGUAUGGAUGUGGAACUCUUUCAAUUUUAGUGCAUAUGGUUUCGUUGAACUU